AUGGGUUCAUGUUCAAGCCGACGAAAAGUCGAUAAACGUACUCAAAUGCCAUCGCCAACAAUGAGACCAGAUACAAGAGUAUUGUCAACUUCGCCAGUAUUGCCAACUUCAUCAGUAUUGCCAACCUCAUCAACAUUGCAAACCAUAUCAACAUCACAAAUGAUAGGUAUCACAACAGAUACCAUAGAUGUUACUGCUUUAGAUCAAAUUGUUCAAGAUGCUGAUUUUUCAGCCAUAAUUAAUGCAGAAAUUGAGUUUCAAGCAAGUGCAACAAGUUCAUCAUCACAACAAGUAUCAAGCAACAUUAAACUUCAACAAAAGGAAACACAAAAUAGUAAUUGGCAAGAAAAAUAUUUUCUUCAUGGAGAAUCAUCAAAUAUAGUCACAGAUGUUGAGAAUCAAAUUCAUGGUUGUGUUAAUUCAUCUGUUUCAGAAGAUAUUGAUACAUAUAUAUCCAAUCUUGAUGAUAUUAAUAUAACAGCUGAUGAAAUUCUUCGAGAACGUUUAACACAGAUUUCAUCUAUGGAAAAAACAAUUAUUCGUCGAAUUGUUCAAGAACGACAAGAUAUUAUUAAUAGAAUUAUAAUAAAAGGUCAUUCAAAUAUGAAUCAAUAUGAAGAAUAUUAUCGAAAAAUAAUAGAAGAAUUUAUUAAAAAGUUAGAAAUCGAAAUGUCAAUACAUUUAGAUGAUUUACAAAAACAAAUGGAAAAUGAAAAAGAUAUUGUUUUUGCAACUUCACAUAAUAAUAUUAAAGAUAUAACAAUAAAAGCACAAAAUGCUAAAAAAGAUUUUCUUAGAAUUAUUCAAUCAUUUGCUGAAAUAAAACGUCAAGAAGUAAUAAAGAAAAUUAUUAAUAUUUCUAUAGAUAAAACACGUCAACCACUUGGUUAUGAACAAUUAAGAACACUUAAUCUACAAAUAUAUUCUACGGUUGGAAUUAAAGAAGAUGAACAUGGUUGUGAUAAUAUAUCGGAAAGAAAUAAAUUUAUUAAAGAUAUUAAUCAUGCUAAAUCACAUCAACCAAUUAAAAGAACUGUUUAUUUUGGAAGUAAUUUUAAUUCAACACUCAAAUAG